AUAUUAGAUACUAAAUAAAAAAUGAGUUCACACGUGUAAAAUGGAAAAUACCUAGGUAUGGAAACAUGCUCGUUAGCAAUUAUUAUUAAAAGCCGUCCCUCCCGUGCGGCAAAAACCACAAUUGAAUUAAGUUCAAUUUCGCGCGACAUUUUUUUUGCAUACGUUUUAGUUUUUGAUUGUAUAAAAUAGUGGGUGGCGGCUGUCAUCGUUCAUUAUUUUCGUGACUCCAAGAAUCUUCAGUUGAGCUUUGUGGUACCGAUACCCCUGCUCCGCCGCUGCCUUCCGUCAUCGCCGCCGCUCGCCGCCCCGCCCGCCCUGUCGCCGCCCGCCUGCCCUGCCGCCGCCCCCCCUGCCCUGCUGUUGCCCUCGCUGCCCCGCCUGCCGCUGUCGACCACCGUCGUCUGCUCUGCCGCUGAAGUCUGAUUGAAUACCGACUUCUCUCAUAAAAAUAAUGUCUGACUCCGAGUGCGAAUCCGUUGUCGGCGCGCACGUCGAGGCUGCAGUUGCUGCUGCAAAGAAGAAACAGACGAGCAAAAGGAAGUCCAGCGCCGCAUCGACCAGUUCAAGCAGCGCACCAAGAGCGCAGAAGAAGAAACUGCACACGAUUGAUAUUUUCGGGUUGUGCAACGACGAGGACGAAGUGUUGGCGCAGAACAAGACGCUGCCAUCCUUCGUCGUAAACCGCGUGGGCAACGGGAACCAGCGACGUGUAGCAAACACGUCGGGCGACUUUUACGUGGAGGUGAAAGUUUACGCGCGGCGUGACGCUGAGGACGCGCCGAAGGACACCCGCUGGACCAAGGCCUUGCUGCGGCUCAACACCUACGUGGAAGACGGGUCGCCGCAGUGGAAGUUGCUGCAUCGAUUUGUGAAGGAGGCGAGCAACCUCUUCAGCGACAGCACGCCGUCGUUUUAUAACCCGGAUAAUAUUAAAUUUAAAGAAGCAUAACCUUUUUAAUAAUCUACAUCUAAUAAAAUAUAUUUUUUGCUAGUUA